AUAAAGACAUUUUAUACUUUGAUUUGUGAGAAUAGGACUUUUUGAAAAUUCUUUAGGUAAGUAGGAUUUAUAAUUUUUUAAAUACCAUAUUGCCCUCAAAUUAGCAUAGUUAAAAUUUAUAUAAUUAAUAUUAAUAUUUUGAAAUAUAUUUAACCACUUUUAAAAAACAAAAAAAACAAAAAGUAAAAACAGAAAUUAAAAAUAAAAGAAAAACAAUAAAAAAAGUAGAAACAAAAAUUGAUUUAUCCUAGAGAUUAACGAACCUCUCUCUUAUUUUCUCCGCCGAAAGCUUGAAGCUCCUCCAAUGGCGAUUUUGGGUAAGAACAAAGCCAAAUCGUUUCUUCACUCUUUAACUUUCAUUUUUCAUCUCUAAUCUAGUUAUUUUCGUCUUUCUCUUUGUUAUCAGCCUGAAGAAUUGGAGAUUUGUUCUUACUCUACGACAUCGUCGGACGCUCUUCUUCUUCUUCCACCAUCAAUUUCAUCAACUUCUCACGUUUCUAAGAAGGUGAGUUUGCGAUUACUUGUUUUGAUUCUCUUAACCGUAGAUUUCUUAAAGUUUCUCAUCACCUAAAUCCGAUUUCUCUUAUUUCUUAAUCUAAAUUACUUGAAUGGGUUGAUUAAUCUCCUUAUACAUUACGCAAUUCAUGCAUGUUAUUGUUUGGGUGUUUUGAUUUUAGUUUCUUAUCUUCGAUUUUGGUCCUUUUUUGAAAGAGGGAAAAUUGACAAAUAGAUUCGUUUUUGUUGUUUUCCGAUUCAAAGGUUUGGUUUUUUGUCAAAUCUUCUUCUUUUUUUGUUUGUGCUCUGAUUAUAAACUUCUUUUCUGUGAUUGUAGGUAUGUCUGAGGAGUUACCAAAGCGGUUGUUUAAGCCGGGUGAAGAGACCGAAGUGCAUCAGAUCAAUAACAACUGCAAGAUGGUACGCUAUUUCAAAAGAUUGAUGGAGUGGUUGCCAAAGGAGUUGGAGACAGUGAAGAAAGAUCCUGUUUUUGCUCAGAUUUUUAAGCUGUUCGAUAAUGGUUUGGGAUUCUCGGCGAGAGUGAUACACGGCUUCUUGUGUAGGGAGCUGUUGACUUACAAAGAUCAUGAGCUCUGGUUUGUCUUUGCGAGAAGACCUCUCCGAUUUUCAUUGCUUGAGUUCCACGCAGUUACCGGGCUUCAGUGCGAUACUAGUCUCUCACUUAAGGAGUUGGUUGACUGGGAUGAUGAUGGUGGUUUCUGGAGCUUAGUGAUCAGGACAAAUAAGGGGAUUUCUAUUUUCGAGCUGUGGGAACAUCACAGGGCAGCUGUUAAGAAGUGGAGUAAUGCUGAUCGAAUCAGGCUGGUGUAUCUUUGCAUCAUUGUUUGUAUGGUUUGCGGGAGAGAUGAGAAGGCACCUAUCCCCAUCAAGUACGUGAAGUUGGUGAUGGAUCUUGAGCAGGUUCGAAACUACCCUUGGGGAGUUGCUUCUUUUGACCUUCUAUGCGAGUCAAUAGCUGAAAAACGAGAUAAACUGAAGGAGAAUCCAAAGAGUUACGUGUUAGAUGGCUUCACCUACGGUCUUCAGAUAUGGGCUAUGGAAGCAAUACCAAAGCUUGGAAAGCUCUGUGGAAGAAAACUGAACAAAAGUUUUAAGAACGGUCCUAGAUGUGUAAACUGGAUGGGAGCUGCAAAGAUUUCGUACGAGGAGCUCAACAAGUUGGAGAACAUCUUAACACCCAAGGAUGACAUAUAUCCAUACAUCUCGUGGACUGGGAAUUAUACAGUGUGUGAAAGUCUUCAAUUUAGCAGACGAGAUGAGGUGGAGGAUGAUAGAGUCAAGCUUCUCAUGCAUAUGAUAAUGAAGCAGUUUGACUUCAGUGGUCAUAAUUGGGAGUACGAAGAGACACCGGUCUUUUCUUUUGGGGUUGAUAACAAAGAAGGUGAGAAGGAGAAAGUAGCUACGCAUGAGGGAGAAGGUGGGAGUGAUGAAGAGCCUAACGACAAGGAUGGUGAAGGUGGGAGCGAUGAAGCAAGUGGGAGCGAUGAGGAGUUUCAAACUCCAAAAGGAUCAGCAACCAUAAGGGCGAGAGAUACAAAGGGAAAGAAGAGGCUCCCUGAUCGUGGAAUGGAAAAAAGGAAGCAUAAGGUCCUACAUACUAGACCACAACAGGCGCCCUUUGAUGAAGAUAUGAAGACUUUUGUGACGCAGUUGUUUCAGCAAGGUUUUGCUGCGAUGGAAGAGAGGCUAGAGAAAAAGAUGGAUGAAAAAUUUGAGGGAGUGCAGUCUGAGCUUAAAAAUUCCCGUGGGGAUUCAACCGUCCAAGCUGAGCAUGGAGAUCCAUCUGCGAGCAAGACAGCGCCUAGCCACCCAUCGCCUAGCAAGCUAGCGCCUAGCAAGCCAGCGCAUAGCAACCCAUCGCCUAGGAAGCCAUCUCCUACGAAGCCAUCGCCUAGCAAGCCAUCUCCGAGGAGGUCCAAACGCUUGGUAAACAAGCACUAGUCUUCAUAACUCUCUGCAAUGUGUCUUAACUUCUUUUAGUGUUAGUUUCAUGUGUUUAUCGGUCUUGUGAUGUGUUUUGCAUUGUCUCGUUUUGGAAGUGUGUUUGGUUUGUAAUUGUUGUUCAAAAUCAGGCUUAAUUAUGUAUCUGCAUUAUGAUGUGUGUUUUGUUAUGUGAACUAUGUGUAAGAUAUUUAUAUGAAUUUUAUUAGUUUAUAAAA